UGUACAUAGCGUAAGGUGGCCUAGGGCAAAAUAAUCUAAAAAACAUUUUGUGAGUGUAUAAAAUUCUUACCAUUGAGAGGAAACAACUGGCCAAAUGGACUUUGGAAUAGCACCAGGUUUUAGCCAAGUUCUUCCACUAGCAUCAGUAGUGAAAUCUUACUGCAAAAAAUGCUUGGAGCAUAUUCUAACCAUCUUUGUGGGAUUGAGGUUCUAGCUCGGUCCACCUCCGACACCGAGUUUAAUCUUCCUCUUGGUGGACUUCUUUAUAUAAGGUAUUUCCUUAUGGAAGGAUUUGUGACCUCUUUUCCGCCGAGACGCUCUUUUUUUCCAUUAACAACAACGGCCUGGUUGCCCACCGAACAAUCUUCCACAAAAGCAGUCAGCGAAUAUUUGCCCUUCCCCCAAGAAUCUGCGGUGCAGUCCAUAAAGGGGGAGAUUCUGGACCUAUGGUCCUACGAGCCUCCUGUGGUACUUCGGUUGCAUUGUUCGCCAUUAGUUUUUCAGUGUCCAUCCGUUAUUCCUAAUUCAUUCCAUGAUCCACAGCCAGGUGGUCUUCUGAAUUCCUCGGAUCAGUACACAUAG